UCUCUUUCCCCCUUGUAGUCUGUGGAUAUUUUAAAGAACACACGAUUUUUAUACUUUACUAAUAAUUUCUUAUUUCAAAAAGGGAUGUAAUUUUAAAGCUAUAUUUUAAUAAAUCAUUUAUUUCUUGUUUAUUAUUAUGGACGAUUCUUCUAACAAAAAUACGGAGUCAAAACACAAAGCUAAUUCCAAACCAAGACAUCGGGGUUCACACGAAUUAAAGAAACGUCCUACAUCGAAACCUUACCAAAGGGAAAACGAUAUUUACAUUACUUCCAAAUCAAACUUUAAAGCCCAAUUAAAACAAUGCGAGAAUAUUCUUAAUGCUGGAAUCAAAGACAUCUACUUGCACUGCCUGGGAAAUGCAAUUAGUCGUGGAAUUAAUUUAGCAUUAACUUUGGUCAACAACUCUAACGGAGUCCUUGUCUACGAAGCAAACACUUCUACAAUUGAGCUUAUUGAUGAACUUCAUCCACUCUCAGAUCAAGACGACCUUACUUUACAGCGAAGAAUGAAUUCCGCUCUUCAUAUUAAAGUUUCUCGAAGCUCUGAUUUCGGAGUCGAUAUUUAGAAGUAGUUUGUUUAUUUAUUGUUCAGUUAUAUUUCGAUAGAAAAAUUAUGUUUAAACUAUCAGAACUUGUUCGCUGGUUAGGACUAACAGAAUUCGAAAUAUUCAUUAACUUA